GAAUAAGUUCACGUGCAUUUCGUCGUAAAUAUGUGUAAACAAAAGCCUACUUCGAUUUUUCGUCUGUAGAUGACAGCACUGACAGCUUAUACGGCGCUGUACAUCUGAUUUGACCAUGAAGUAUGGCUGCCUGAGGAACUUAAUGGGCAAACACAACUAUAAUGGCCGCAUCAUGUUCAAACUCAUCGAAUAAGACUGAAUGUACAAGUCCAAGUCCAACUGAACCCGUUUGUGUGGAACUUCCAGAUAGUAUUGCUGAAACUGAUAGUGCUGGACCGUCAAGAGAAGUCUCUGGUGAUGAAGUAUCAACCACUGUUACAAAUGAUAACACAUUAGGUGUAAGAGAAAAUACUGAAAUUUGCCAUGUGCCCUUGAUGACUGAAGAAGAAGAUGGUGCAGAAGAGGAGGAAGCAGAUGUUAGCGAACGUGAAGACUGUGAAGAUGGAGGGUGGGAGGACUUUGAGGAAGGGGAUGAUGCUGAGUGUGAUGGUGAUGGAAGUGGUGCAGAAGGACUGGUUGAAGAUUUGUUGGAUGUGGUUGGUGAUGGAGAAGAAACUUCUGCAUUGCCGUCUGUUAAUAGUGCAAAUGCCGUGAACUCGAGGAGGAAACGGAAACUUGAAGUACAAAGUGGGUUUCCCUGCAAGAAACUCUUCCCAGAGAGCAAGACUGGAAUAAUGAGCUCAAAGAAGAAAUAUCCUGAGGGCUCAGUUACGUUAGAAAAAGUAAAACUUCAAAGAAGUGUUAUUCCUUCAAAAGAUAAUCCUCCUCCAGAGAUGACUGACUGGUUAUAUCAGUUUCAACGAUGGUCAAAUGCGGAACGUCUUCUAGCCAUAGAUCAACUCAUUGAGAAAUGUGAGCCAACUCAAGUAAGGCACAUGAUGCAAGUCAUUGAACCACAAUUCCAACGUGAUUUUAUAUCACUGCUUCCAAAGGAGUUGGCAUUGUAUGUAUUGUCUUUCCUUGAACCACGUGAUCUUCUAAGAGCCGCACAAACGUGUCGCAGUUGGCGGUUCUUAGCAGAAGACAAUCUUCUGUGGCGGGAAAAAUGCCGUGAAGCUGGUAUAGAGGAAGUAAGAGAGUCUUUUAGCCGUCGGAAACCAAGAUUAAAUCCCGUUACUUCUCCGUGGAAGGCAGCUUUCAUGCGCCAGCAUACGAUAGAAAUGAAUUGGAGGGUAAAACCAAUUCGACCACCAAAAGUCCUCAAAGGUCAUGAUGACCAUGUAAUAACAUGCCUGCAGUUCUCAGGGAAUCGGAUAGUAAGUGGGUCAGAUGACAAUACGUUAAAAGUGUGGUCAGCAACCACAGGAAAGUGCCUGCGUACCCUUGUGGGCCACACAGGAGGAGUGUGGUCUUCACAAAUGUCGGGUACUACAAUAAUUAGUGGAAGCACUGAUCGGACAUUGAAAGUGUGGAAUGCCGAGACUGGUCAGUGCAUUCAUACACUUUAUGGGCACACAUCUACUGUGCGGUGUAUGCAUUUACAUGGAAAAAAGGUCGUCAGUGGUUCACGGGAUGCAACACUACGUGUGUGGAACAUUGACUCCGGUGAGUGCCUCCAUGUUCUGGUAGGACAUUUGGCGGCUGUUCGCUGUGUGCAAUAUGAUGGGCGGUUGGUAGUCAGUGGAGCAUACGAUUAUAUGGUGAAAGUGUGGAAUCCUGAACGUGAAGAAUGUCUGCACACAUUGCAGGGGCAUACAAACAGAGUGUACUCCCUUCAGUUUGACGGAGUGCACGUGGUGAGUGGUUCCCUGGAUACAAGUAUUCGUGUGUGGGAGGUGGAAACGGGCGCAUGUCGACACACGCUCAUGGGGCACCAGUCUCUAACGUCAGGCAUGGAACUAAGAAAUAACAUUCUUGUCUCAGGAAAUGCUGACUCCACAGUUAAAGUAUGGGAUAUUGUUACUGGCCAAUGUCUGCAAACACUGUCAGGUCCCAAUAAACACCAGUCAGCUGUAACGUGUCUGCAGUUCAACCACAGGUUUGUGAUAACAUCCUCAGAUGACGGCACUGUUAAACUUUGGGAUGUGAGAACAGGUGAGUUUAUCCGUAAUCUCGUUGCACUGGAGAGUGGAGGCAGUGGUGGCGUUGUGUGGCGAAUUCGGGCAAAUGAGACUAAACUUGUGUGUGCUGUUGGUAGUCGAAAUGGUACUGAAGAAACAAAACUGCUUGUGUUAGAUUUUGAUGUGGACCCCAAGCAAUGAAUAUUCAUGAGCUCCAGUCCAUGAUGAGCUGUUGGAGGAUCUAUAUACAUUGGCAUUCACAGUGGGUAGUGUCGACUGAAAUGAGCUCAUAAUUUGCCCACUGUGCAUAAUGCAUCUUCAUCUCACAGGGACAAUUCAUGUGUUAUCAGACUUUUUUCUGAUAACCAGCUUUCAUUUUAAGCAGAAAAUACGACACAAGUAUUUAUUUUAAUGAGUUGUCAACUGUUGUGAAGCACUUUUUUCAUUCUUUGCAGUACCUUCUGCCAGUGUAUAUUUCUGUAUCCUCAUUUUGAUAUGUCUAUUUUGAAUUUUUUAAAUUUCGUUUACAACAGAUACCUUCUUGCAGAACCUAAGAAAUAAUGUACCUUUUAAUUUCUUUCAGAUAUUGGAAUGUACAAAUCUGUGUGUUGAAGUUUCACAAGUGGUUCCAAAUUGCACUUCCAUCUUCCCCUCUCCGUGUGUGUGUGUGUGUGUGUGUGUGUGUGUGUGUGUGUGUGUGUGUGUCCAUCCUUAAAAUGGGGCAGGGGCAGGGACAGAGGAAUGACAGGAAGAUGAUGUCUUAAUUUCUCAUGCUCUGCCAAUGUUCUUGUAAUUCCAGGUCUGCAAGAUAGUUAUUUGCUGUACUUACCGAAAGCUUUCAGAAUUUUAAAACCUAAUUUAAUGACUUAAGUGAUUAGAACAAAAUGUACUGAUCAGUAUGUGGUAUCUUAAUGUAUCAUGUGAUACUAAAAUUUUGAUACCUGGAGUUCCAGGCUUUGUGGAGGCAUUUCUUUUAAAUCAAGUGCAGGACACUUUAGAAAAUUUUAAAUUUGAUUUUGGCACUGUACUUUGCAGCUGCUCCCAGAGGUUACCAGGGAACAGAAGUUUAUUGUAAGUAACUGCAAUAGAAAUGAAAUUUUGUUAGUUUUGUUAAUAAACUGUUCCAUCAGUGUAAUUCACUAAUCUGGGUAAAAUUUACAUAUUGAGGCUGCCAGCAACUGGUCAGUUCAGUUGAAAAAAACCUUUACAGAAAUCUUCAGGAGUAAUACGUUGCCAUUAACUAUUUUAAGACCAAAUUAUUUGUAAAAAAAAAAAAAUUUUUUAGUUACUUGUAAAUCAACUGUAAAUAUAACAGUCAGAAAGUUAACUGUUGGUUGUUUUUUACUCACUUGUUGAAAAUUAUAAAGCUAUAUGCUGAAGCAAGAAGCCUGUUUUGCAUAAUGCUGUGAAGUGGUGCAUGAAAACAUAUACUGUAAGAUCUGCAUAUUUUACAUCGAAUGUGUAACAAUAAGUGAGGGAAAAUUGAGGAAGAUAACUUUUAAAUCUCUUGUUUAUUUCUGACAUUGUAAGAUGUAUUUAAUACUCAUGAUUUCUUUUUUCCUUCCCUUUUUUUACCCCUCUUGUAAUACAUUUCUUGUCAGAUUCUAGUAUAUCUUUUGUAUCAUGAGUACACAUGAGAAACAUUGCUCAAAAUCACCUUUUUGUAAAAUGUUAUGUAAUAUACAUGUAAUAAAUUGUUUACUAGUGCAACAUGAACACCACAUUAUGUCGCAUAGUUGUUUCAAUUCAUUACCACAAUCUCCAAAGAGAAGAGAGAAACAUGAGUGGCAAGGGAAAUUUCUUGGGUUGAGAACACCUACAUAAUUUAUGAUCAGAUACGUUAAUGUGCAAUUUCCAAGAUGAUGAAAGUGACCUUUAUUUAUUUGCAGCUAUUAAAUUCAUAGUUAUUGUACAUUUUUAAAUGACUGAACUGUACUUAUGUGCUGUAAUUAAAUCUUUUGUUAAAAAGUA